AUUGCUGUGCGCUGUGUGUGAUUGACACUUCUCAUUUACACGUGCAAUACAAACUACUGGAGAGCAAGGACAGUAUCGCGGCAACGAGAUAAACAAAAGUGUCGCCUGUCAGAGUGGCGCCCGCCAUUUUGUUGAAGGUCAAAACUAAGUUCUCGCUAGACGUGAGUAAUCGCUGCACGGUUUGACUUGAAAUUUCACUCGUUGGCAUUUCGAGAACUCCAAGUCGUCGGCUAUUAGUCCCGGUUCAUGAAAAUCGGCGCAGAAACACUGGCGGCCGGAACAUAAUUUUUAUUUGUAGCGAGCGCGGAAGCCAUUUUGUUGGUGGGCAAAAGAGACGAUAGAAAUCCUGAAUAGCUUCAGAGGAGGCGAUUUACGUGCCGUUAGCGUAUGCAGUGUACGUGAUUCACCCUCCCCAGAAGCUGCGGAUGAGGCUGUACUGCGCGGCAAAACUCGAACUCUGUGAGAACUCCUCUGUGAGGCCGGCACUACUUCCGGUCCUGGGUUGUCACGUGGUGCAUCAAUGUAGGACGGAACGGCAGUACGUUCAAUUGCAGGGGAAGAAGCAGACGUUACCGGAGCACAUGGCGGGGGAUAUGGCUGUCAAGCUGUUGGCGCUGAACGGGCUGUUCCCGGUGUAUAAACCCAAGGGCCCCACCUCGGCCCAAGUAGUGGCGCAGCUGAAGGGCGCGUUGCUGAAAGAAGCCGGACUGAAAGAAUAUGCGAAGAAAAGGAAACAGACCCUAAAGAUUGGCCAUGGGGGGACACUGGAUAGUUCUGCCUCAGGGGUGCUUGUAAUUGGCAUUGGGAAUGGCACCAAAAUGUUGAGCACAAUGCUGGCAGGGUCGAAGAAAUACACGGCAGUGGGAGAGCUGGGGAAGGCUACAGACACGCUGGAUGCAUCAGGCACAGUUACUGAAGAGAAACCUUAUGAUCACAUAACUAAGGACGACCUGGAGGGGGCAUUGAAGUCAUUCACAGGAAACAUCAUGCAGGUCCCCCCUCUCUUCUCGGCACUGAAGAGGGACGGGAAAAGACUGUCGAACCUGCUGCGAGACGGCGCCGAGGUGGAAGCAAAGCCAGCCAGGCCUGUGACUGUAUAUCAGCUGUCUCUCAGAGACUUCCAGCCUCCACUCUUUACGCUCGAUGUUGAGUGCGGAGGUGGGUUUUAUGUGAGAAGCCUGGUCAAUGAUCUCGGGAAAGAACUGAAGACGUGUGCGAGUGUGAAGGAGCUUGUCCGUACCAAGCAGGGUCCUUUUACCCUAGAGGAUCACAUGCUGAAAGAAGAAGACUGGAACAUCAGUAGGAUAGCGCAGGCACUGCAAGAAUACGACCCACUUCUUCCAGUCGAGCCAGGCAACAAGAGGUUAAGGGCCGAGCCCGCUGAUAAUACAGUCGCAUCCGGGGAAUGAACGUGACAAUAAACAGACUUGAAAGCAUCGAGAAGCCGAGUCAUUUUCCUGCUCGCGGAGGCUUCUGAGAAUUCAUUUGUUUCGCCCGUACGUCGGGAAAGAGGCCUGCGCACUAACAGGGCCACUGGGCCCCCGAGGGGCCGUUUCUUUUCUUGUGUUUCACAGCCCAGUGGAGCAGGAACGGCCGCAGGGGCUCUUAUCUCUCCAGCGGAACAUGCAGAUUAGAGAAUCCCAAAUAAUUUCCCUGCCACUCGGGAACAAGUGCCACUAAAUUCACUGGAGGUGUCGUGAUUGUGGGACUGACUGCUGAUCGCAUUUCUCUUGAUUGAUGUUUAUUUUUUAAUAAAAUAAGGAAAAAGGA